GAGAGAGCGAGAGAUUGCAUGGCCACAAUAUCAUAUUGUUUAGUCAUCACCAUUCUUAUCCUUAGUCAUAACCCUUUUUUCCAUGUCUUCUAUCUUUAUUUAAAGGAAGGCAAAUUCUGUGGGAAGUUCUUGGUAGUGUUGCCAGCCAUAUCAGACCCUUUCAGAGGAAAGAGAAAGGAGGCAGCCAUGGAGAUUGAUCAAGAGACACACAACAAGGAUCUGAAGGUGGAGAUUCCAUCAGAGGCCGAAAUAACAUCACCGACAUCAGGGGCCGUAGGAUCAGGGCUUGCUAGGCAGGGAAGUAUUGCCAAGAACAAUUGCCUUUGCUCUCCAACCACCCAUGCAGGUUCCUUUCGUUGCAGGCUUCACCGUACUCCAACUCUUCAUCGGACUAAAAGCAUAGAUUCGACGACCGUCCGGGGCACUCACUCCAAGGCCAAUGCAAGUACUGGUACUAGCCAUGGAAGCACAGUGGAGGCCCAGUAAAUCUGAAAAAAAAAUAAGUGCUUGUGGUAGUUGCUGUAUUGCUAUCUACUUUUGCUCCUGCAGCCCUAAUCAUGGAUUUCUACAGUUCUAUAAUUUACAUUGUCUUUCUCUCUCCUGUAACGUGGCUUAAAGUGGGGGAAAGAACAAUCCUCCUAGAUUGUUACAUGCUUGUGAUAUGUAUGUCUACAUUAAGUGUAAUAUGAAUUUGAGAGUAUGACAGUACAUUGAUGAAAUAUGAUUGGUACAGCAGAUCUCAAAAUGGUGAGUCGAGUCUUGUUGAGUAUGAAUCUGAGUGCCCAUUUGGUUGUUUUCUUCAGUGCAUUAUUAUGAUGUUAG